AUUCCUAGGCAUCGCCAACUAGUGAAGUAUACCAGACGGAAAUGUCUUUGAAGCUGUCCCUUUAAAACUCGAGCAAGCUACCAGGCAAACUCCGCCUCCAGGGAGGUUCCUUAUUUAAUAAGAGCCAGCUGGCUGGGUCAGGGCUCAAUACCCUGAGCGAUACCUGCUACUGAGCGUUUUUCUCGGGAGACCGCAGCCCGUCGACAUGGCUCAAGAGUUUGUCAACUGCAAAAUCCAGCCUGGGAAGGUGGUUGUGUUCAUCAAGCCCACCUGCCCAUACUGCAGGAAGGCCCAAGAGAUCCUCAGUCAAUUGCCCAUCAAACAAGGGCUUCUGGAAUUUGUCGAUAUCACAGCCACCAACCACACUAACGAGAUUCAGGAUUAUCUGCUGCAGCUCACGGGAGCGAGAACGGUGCCUCGGGUCUUUAUCGGUAAGGACUGCAUAGGCGGAUGCAAUGAUCUAGUCAGUAUGCAGCAAAGCGGGGAGCUGCUGACGCGGCUAAAGCAGAUUGGAGCUCUGCAGUAACCACAGGUGAGUGGCAGGCAGAGCAGUUCCCAUGCUGGUGUCCCUCCUCAAGAUCUGGAUAGCAUUGCAAAUGAUGACAGCGUUUCCUGGUGGAUGAAUUUGGGAGCACAAACAGCUUUUUUCUUCUUUUGGCUCAGUAUUUAAAAGUGGAUCAACUUGCUCCUAACCACAGUGCCAAGAAGAUUGGCAGGCCACCUUCGUUUUCUUCUAGAUGUGCUCUUUGGUUUUCAGAAGACUGUGACAAGUUCUGGGCUAGGAUUCGUUCACUGACCCUCAAUUGUUCUUUCUCUUGGGCAUGAAUUUCUUCUUCUUUCUUUCUUUCUUUUAUUGAGAUGGAGUCUUGCUCUGUCACCCAGGCUGUAGUGCAGUGGCACAAUCUCUGUUCACAGCAUCCUCCGCCGCCGGGAUUUAAGCGAUUCCCCUACCUCAGCCUCCUGAGUAGCUGGGACUACAGGUGCGUGCCGCCACACCCGGUUACUUUUUUUAUGUUUUAGUAGAGAUGGGGUUUCACCAUGUUGGCCAGGAUGGUCUUGAUUUCCUGACCUCGCGAUCCACCCGCCUCAGCCUCCCAAAAUGAUGGGAUUACAGGCGUGAGCCACCGCGCCCAGCCUGGUACCUAUUUCUUACUGUUCUCCAUGUGUCAGCAUGCCUCUACCUCUAAGCCAGUGUUUUUCAACUAUGUUUAUCCAGACUUCUUCUCCACAAUGAGGAAUCCAUAGUUGGUUUUCUGCUACUGCCCAUUAGCUGAAAUCAUUUCGUUGCUUGGCUUUCUGGAGUUUGUGUUAUGAAAUCAGUGAGUAUUUUGAAUGUGUUCAUUCAAACUACAUGCGACUCUCCACUCAACCCCACCCCAUCCCAUCCUACCUUGAGAGUCACUGCUCUGAACCAGUGUUCUCCAGCUUGUGCUCUCACAGAUCUCAUAGGAAAUGAUCCUAGGACCCAACUGGAGAAAUCACAUGAAAAGUUAAGCAUAGUUGGUCUUGGUGUCACAUGGAUCACAGGCACAAGCGCAGAAGCUGUGAGCAUGUGGAACACGCUGUUAUUUAAGCUGGCCAUCCAGACAAUCCUGAACACUGUGUAUCUAUUUGAUUUAGAGUACCAGCAAAAAUUAAAGCAAAAAUGUAAAACAUUUGAGAAAAUUGACAGCUCCCUACCCCAAGAGUACAUCUGUGAAAGAGCCCCACACACUUUGAAAACUGAAGACUCCCUUAUCAUGAAGUUUGGCUGUUCUAGAAUUGUAAGAUUGUUAAUUCCUUUCUUCAAUCCCUAGUGAGAACAUUUAAUUUCUUUUCUAAUAAAAAAAUGCCUAUAGAUGACUCAGUGAUUUUUGUCCAAUUUGUUUCCAUGUUCUUCUCAAGACAUUAAGGAAUAUUACGUGAAAUACACUGACUUAAAACUGUCUGUUUAAUCCUGCCACUAUAAAUAAAGACAUGUGCUACUGUCA